AUGCCACUGAAACCUGUGCACAUUGCGCAGCCGCCCUUCUUCUACGCGGCAGGAAACACACCGGCAGUAUGCCUGACACAGAAUCUCCCGCCUGAGAAGGAUGCCGCUCUACUUCUCCUAGGUUGCGGGGAUAUCCGGAACCUCCUGUUUACCGUGUACAGUGGAACAGGCAUCAGUAAGCACAGCGCCACAUGGACUUAUUACAGUUUGCUAACCUCCAACACAGAUUCUAGAAAGUUAGACUUCACGUGUUGCGACCUGGAGGCGGAGAUCAUUGCUCGAAACGUUCUCGCUCUGAGCCUCAUUCUCGACGACACAGAAGGCAACCAUGUUUUGCAGCUAUGGAACAUCUACUACCACGUCUUCAUCGACGCCGAAUCCUUCGAUCUCCUGCAGACUCAGGCUGAGAAGCUUCUGGGGUUCGCUACAUCUGUGGAGACCUGGGAGAGCAGCCCUUACGGCAAACUUCUGCGCUUCUGCGACCGCAUGACGUUCGACAAUGUCAUCAAGCUCUGGAAACUCAGUGCCAUGAAGCCGUCCGACCAAACAAAAUACAAGGAAGUGCAAGACAUUGUAAAAGCCCAGUGGGGUGCGGCCAAGCGGAUCCAGGAACGCAAUACUGGCCAGGGCGGCUUCAAGCUAGACGGUCUACGUGCAGCCGCACCUUUGCUAAGGGAGGCAAUCGCCGAGGCUUCCAACUCUUACAAGGCCUUUUGGCAAAGCGGCAUUUGCUUCGAGAACAAGAAAGCAAUCAUGAGGUCUCCCAUCGCUAAUCCAACUUUUGCGUGUCUGCGCAGUGGCCUCACGCUUCACUACGGUACGAACCCCCUCUGGGGCUUUCACCUUAGCCUAGAUCAUGCAAGGCUGUCCGCAGAUUCCCCGCUGUACCAUGUCAGCGAAAAGACUUCACGUCUAGCAGUGCCAAACGAGCUACGGAUAGUUCUUGCGCAAUUCGAAGCGUGGUGUGCUUCCCUGCGAAGCUCGACAUCCAAAUGGACCAUUCGUUAUGUCCAUUGUGAUGCACUGGCAUGCUGUCAUGUCCUCCAACACCGUCUUUCCAACAGCAGACCACAAGCUAGCCACUGGUACAGAUCAGGCUGGGAGCACAUGGCCCUCGAAUUGGACUCUGCGGAUUACGAUGAGCACGGAACAGGUCCCACCUCGUUUGAUGUUAUCGACACGUCCAAUCUAAUGGAUCAUCUGGGUAGUUUAAAUGUGCUCUCAGCGGCCGCACCGCUGCUCGUUCCCGGACCCUCCUCGAUAAUUCGGACGGAGAUGCUAUUACCACGAGAAAAAGACGUGGGUGCAUCCGCAAAGACACUGCUCAGCGGUGAUCUGCCAACGAUGGCGAUCCUGCUUGGAUUGAAACCUGUGCAAUACUGGGCUAAUUCUACAGCGACUUGGCAUGUCAACGAGUCCAUGCUGCAGAGCUUUUCUAGCGAUAACAAUAUCAUCCAGGCGCUAUCUCGACAUGUCGUGCUAUGGAGGCGCGCUGACCUUAAAAAAGUUCAUUACGAUGCAGCUGAACUUGCUUCUGUUAUCUACAAGGCCUAUCUUGAGAUGUUCUCCGACGAGAGCUGGGCGCGCAAGUUCGAAAUACUCAGCAUUACGGACGAUGCUCAGAAGAUCAAACAACUCCACUCAUACGAGGUCUAUUCGCGCGCAGGUCUCGCCGUGAUACUAGGCUUCAUCAAGCGGGUGAACGCGACAGAUUGGCAUCCUUUCAUCGACAAACUGGUGGGACUCAUUCUGGAUGAUCGCACACUCAACAUGGGGCCUCAUCAUUUCCAAUCCUUAUUUGCACAUCUCGAGAUCUUUGGGCUAUAUCCCCUUGAUCGUCACCCUGGGUAUGAGAAGCACCUUGCUGCCGGUCCGUUUCGCAAGUGGCUAGAUAUGCCGACAGUCGUAUGCGUUACUCUGGUGGUUCCGCACCAUGCUGUCGCGAUGUUUGACGAUCUUCUGAAAGGUUACGGCACUCCACUAUGUCACUUACAACUACAAUCUUCAGUCGCACGCGCAGAGUCUAUCUACCCCGACAUUCAGCUUGGGUUUGGCACGUUGACUCUAUCUGGAACACCGUAUACCGCCGAUUACACCGUCGCUAUUCAGAAUGACGACAAAGGAUACAAAGGCAAAUCUCCUCUGAUCGUCUCAGCCAUGGUUUCUACUGGGUCUCUGAUUGAUCAGGGCGACCCAGCAUGUCGUGUCGUGUUUGGGCUGAAGAGUACGCCUGCGAGUCUGGCCAUGUGUGGCGCGAAGCUGGGCAUGAUGUUGCAUUUGCACAAAUCGUCCGUCGGCCAGAACGAUGUUUUCGUCACAAGAUAUCGUCCCAAUAUGACAGGGCAUGCAUCCAUGCAGCAUGCAGUAGUUUCUUCAAAGGUGACUGAGAACGAUGUAGCUGUGGUCGUGCAGCCACGCCUCGGCACUGUCACGGCAAAGGCGACGGCCCUGCGCAUUCGCUGUGGUAUCAAGUCGCCCAUCGGUCAAAACGCUCUGCAGAAUGCAGCGAAAGUCGAGUGCAAGCUAUUAAAUCCCUUCACCAUGGUCCUGAAGAUCGGCGAUACCUUCCACUAUAAAAUCGACCUACCUCUGCCAAUCGAUGCAACCCAAGGCCGAACUAGGGUUGCACGAACAUCGUUAUGGAUAGAGUAUGAAGCGCCUGUCACAACUCCGGAACUGCUCGCCCCUCGGCCAGACUCCAUGUUCCUAGUUAUGCGAGACGCUCAGUCACGUCCCGUCCUUGAUCACAUUCACUACGUCGUACCUGACUGCCUUCCCAAGCUAUAUGUUGGAAACUCGAACUCUCACGCGCAGUGGAUGACGAUGUGCACUUCCAUCGCGGCUACCAUGUCCGUCACUGAGGUGGCGAUGCAAGAGAAGGCUUCGUCGUGCGACAUCACCAAUAAGCCUGGACGUCUGGGCGUCAAGGAAUCAAUCUACAUGAUGAUCAUGCACAUCUUUGGACUUUUCGACAAAGAGCGCUCGUACAUGUUCGGCCUGCACGGAGCUUCGGGCGAGAUCGCCUUGGUGUUCGUGGACGCAGUGCGCAUGGAUGUGUCUAACCAGACCGUCUUUCUUGAUGCAGCUAUCAUUCAACUACACGCAAAAACCGGCCCGGACAUCGCUCGGUCUACUUCAAGCCUAUACGGUCAAACCGUGAUAGUUCUUACUGCUGACAAAAACGAAGUCCCGUUCUGGCUUCACCUUCUACCUACCUUUGCUGAGCGAUGCCGUACAUGGGAGCACAAGAGUUUUUGCGAAUACAGGGUCGAGGGAGCACACAUACCGCUUUCCACCCAGCUCAACGAGCAAAUCAUGUGCUCAUGUGGCAUGGGCAUCUUCCCUAACGGCUAUCUCAAGCAUCUCAAACCGUUCCAAGCUCUCAAGAAACACGCUGUGCGAGCCGCUAUCCCGGUAAUCUAUUCGUCGCCAAUUAGUCCCGAUACUGGUACAUUACCUCCUUCGUUCACCAACACCAUCAAGCCGAAGCCUACAGCGCCUCCCAGUACCUCGACGCCUGCUGCUACGAAGCCUCGCGUCGAGAAUUUGGAUGCAAAGAGAGCGUCAUGCUUUCAAUGCAUGGGGAAGGAGGGCAAAGGAGGCGCGCCUCUGUUGAGCUGUAGUGGAUGCAAGUUCGCGCGAUACUGCUCGAAGGCGUGCCAGGUCAAGAACUGGAAGGAGGAGCACAAGCAUUUGUGCGGGCAGCUGAAGAGUGGGAGUAGUUGA